GUUCUUUUGUACUCCCACUUCCUAAAUAAAAAGCGCUAUCCUAAACCACAGCCCUACGUCACAUAAAGCUGCAGCACGCAUAAAACUGUGAGAGGCGAGUUCAGCACUGGCCACAAUGAAAGCGUUCUUCUUCCAGCUCCUUUCUGUACUCACACUAACGGGACUUAUCUUGACCUGCAGUGAGCAACAGAAGGAAAUCAAUGGACACUGCUGCAACAGGUGCCCUGCGGGUGAAUAUUUGGUUAGUGUGUGCUCCAAAACCAACCAAACCAUCUGCAAUAAAUGUCCUUCAGGCACCUAUUCUGAUAGCCCUACUUUGUUUGACCGAUGUGAGAAGUGCAGCUCAUGUGAACAUGAAUAUGGUCAGAAAUGUACUCCAACCACAAAUGCUAUAUGUUCGUGUGGCAUUGGUUUCCUGUGUUCUGACAAACUGUGCUCUUCUUGUGAGAAAGUCAAAUGCAGCAGGUGGGAAAAACCCAAAACAACAGAUGUUUCUACCAAUGAUAAAUUCAAAUAUGAAUGUGAACCUAUAUGUCUGGAUCAUCAAUACUAUGAUGAAAAGAAAAACAUCUGCAUGCCAAUAACACAGUGCAGCGCCCACGGACUUGAUGAAGUGUUUGCUGGUAACAAAACCCACGAUGCAAUAUGCCAGUCACAAGUUACAGAUAUGCAGAAGAUAUUUAUGGUUGUCAUUGCUGGAUUUGUCUUAGUCCUCAUCACCAUUAUAGCUGUUUUAUCUUAUCACUUAGCCAAGUGCAUAAAAAAGAUUAAACAUUGUAAACCUCUUAUGGUCACCACUACUGAGGUCUGUCCAUUGUCAAUGGAGGAGACUGCAACCCCUGAAAACAAACUGUAAAGAUUUGGAAGAAAACAUGAACAUGACUUUAUAUACGUUAGCCACUCUGCUCUGAAGGAAGAUCCAAGAGAGUGGUGGACUGAGUUUUUAGUUCAUUUGAACUAAAAUGGACUAUUCAGGGCUUUUGAAAAAAUAAAAAAUAUAAA